GCAGUGCUGUGUCAUGAGACAGAGCAGCCCAAGGGCCCUGAAUACCAAGAGAUGCCCCUGAUGGGUACCACAAAGGGACCCAGAGGGCCACAGGACCAUCUCCAUCACCCUCUGCUGCUGACUCAGUCCAGCUCUGCCUUCAGAAGUGGGGGCCAAAGAGAGGUAGAGGUAGAGUAAGGCCCGAUCAAAACCCAAACCCAGAAUCCCAGUCAGCCUCACUCGCAUAGCUGAAAAAGCAAGAAGCUCUAGGUCCCUGUUAUCUGCAGGGCCCUGCUGUAUCAGGUAAGUCCCUCUCUUGUGGGCCCCACUGGGACAGUCACGCUUUCCUCAAGGACAGCUCUGUGUUGUUCACAGGCCUUGACAAGAACUUUCAAGGUUUGUGACACACACUCAACUAGCCCUGUGACCCUUCGGUACCCCAUCAGCACUCCUGCCCGGGGGCCACAUUUGGCACUGUAUUUGGGGUCUGCAGGUAGAAUGUUCAAUCUGGUCGCCAGAGAGGGGCCCUGGAGUGAGGCAGAGCCAGUUCUCCCUGGUGGCUGGAGCACUGCCCCGGGCGUGGCCGGGCUGCCCGUCUGGUCCCCUUGUACAAGAAUCUGCAUGCUUCCUCCCUUCGUUGUUUCCUUCCUCUCGGUUCCUCCCUCGCCAGCUUACCUGGAGGCAGGUAAUAAAGCAGGAGGAGGGAGAUGGAUGGAUGGGAAGGGUGGAGAGCCACGUGGUGCCAUAAAGCCCAGCCAGAGAGGGCCCGUCCGGGGAGUGUCCGGCCUGCGGGAGUCAACGCUCAGAACGUGGACUGUCAGCCCCGUGAGCCAGAGCCGGGGCAGCAAGGCCCGGGGAAGGCCAUGCACCGAGGCGCGCCAGGGGGCCUCAGAGGCCUCAAGGGGGCCGAGGGCUCCUCCGAGGACUUGGGGGGCUCUUGCCUGGAGGCCGGGAGGAGCUUUGGGGUGCUGAGGGAGAACGGCGAGGCCGAGGAGGCGGCGGGCGGCAGGAAGCGCGCCCGGCCCGUGCGCUCCAAGGCGCGGCGCAUGGCGGCCAACGUGCGGGAGCGCAAGCGCAUCCUGGACUACAACGAGGCCUUCAACGCGCUCCGCCGGGCGCUGCGGCACGACCUGGGCGGCAAGAGGCUCUCCAAGAUCGCCACGCUGCGCAGGGCCAUCCACCGCAUCGCGGCGCUCUCCCUGGUCCUGCGCGCCAGCCCCGCGCCCCGCUGGCCCUGCGGGCACCUGGAGUGCCACGGCCAGGCCGCGCGCGCGGGGGGCAGCGGGGAUGCGGCCCCCAGCCCGCCGCCGCCCGCCCCGCCGCCCGCCGGCCCCUUCGCGCCGCGCUGCGCCUCGUGCUCCCCGCACACGCCCCCGGGACGGCCCCGGGCGGUGGCCGAGGCUCCGGGCGCGGCCCAGGCGUCCACGGGAAGCUGGCGCCGAGGUCCCGGGGCUCCCUUCGCCUGGCCGCGGGGGCACCUGCGUGCGGGCCCCGGGCUGGGCUUCCAGCACUGCUGACUGGCCCCGGAGCGACCCGGUGCGCCUGGAGGGAGGCCGGCGGGGAGCAACCAAUGGCAGGAGGGCUACAAAAGGGAAGACUACUAAAACAUGUCCUGGACCGAGAAAAUCUGAAUGGCCGAGGAGGCCCGAUAGAGAGAGGAGGCAGCCUUGGCAGUUGGGAAGGAACUCGAGCCCAGGGCUGCACUCCCCAGCACCCCUCUCCGCCGCCCCGAUCCCAACCAGGGGUGGUGGCUCUGGGCAAGGAACAAGGAUCGUGCUGGGGCUCUUCCAUUUGGACUUGAUGGACUCUUCUUGGAAAGUAAACUUCGCAUUUCUGUGGCUUUGAGCCCUAUGUUCUCUUGAUGUUUUUUAGGAGAAAGGGGGCUUUUGGACAGGGGGACUUGUACGUGGGAGUGUGGGUGACGCCCGGUUUGGUCUCAUGAUAGUGUGGCAUCCAUAUCCCCUGCCUGUGCCCAUACCCCAAGUCUGUGAUCUGAGAGAGGGAACAGAAGGAGCUAAAUAAAAACAGAAAAGCUAUCAUCUCUGCCUGCUAUCAGGUGUCCACUGGGCCCAGUGGGUCAGGGUGGCAGGAAGGCCUGAGGUCUGGGAGCUCACCGUGGAAUGUCAGGCCAAGGGCCUGGGGCACUGAUUCAUGGCAAGCCCCCAGGUGUGGUUGAGCAUUGUGAGGAGCACUGUGGGAGAGGAUAUUAUUUGAAGAGGGGGAGCGGCACCAAGAGACUCAGGAUGCAGCCCAUCUCAUCUCUG